AUGAGCUCAGGACGUGCGUUGGAAACGCUAGUGGAGUCGCAGCAGCUGGAUGACUUUUCAAGCAGUUUUGAAGAUGAUUUGACGAUCGAUGAUGAGGAGUCGUUUCGCCCGCCAAUGCGACGUACCUACAGCAUGCGGCAACAAAAACGGCGCCCAUCGACCAUGAACGAGGAGCGAAUUGUUCUCCAACGGCGACUUAGCCACGAUGCGGAGUCGAUGGAUAUGACUGGAGGCCGCAAAUUUGUGGUGGAUGUCGAGCCCAUGAUGCAUCAUCUUCUUGCACAAGAGGACACGGACGGUGAUACGCGAAUCAGUGUAACGGAUAGUGGACCCAAAUCUGUGACGCUCGGUACAGUUGGCAGCAAUGGGUACAAAAGUGCAGAAAUCCGUGGCACGUACAUGCUGUCUAGCCUGUUACAGGAGCUUGCCAUUGCACAAGACAAGGGCGAGCAGCGUGUGAUUAUCGACGAGACGCAGCUCACAGAAAACCCUGUAGCCCGUCUCUCGCGUAUGAUCCGCGAUACGUUUUGGGACAAUCUUACGCGCCGCAUCGAUGCGGAUGGACUUGAGCAGAUUCUUUGUGACACAAAAGGCAACUCAUCGAGUGCGGAGCAGAUCAUUUACGUGCCAGAAAAUGAGAAGGACAUGGUCGAAUAUUAUUUUCGCGUCGCGCGAGAGCGACCCGCGCUGAACCUUGUUGUGGAGAAGCUACCAGAAAACUUUACGCCAGAGUAUGCUCGGAAUUUGAACUCACGACCUGGGCUUUUGGCGAUUGCAAUGGAAGCGCGUGUGGAUCCGAAUAAUGGACUCGUGGAUAUGUGCGGAAUUCCGUUUGUCGUUCCCGGCGCGCGUUUUAACGAACUGUACAACUGGGAUAGUUAUUUUAUCGCGCUUGGUCUUAUUGAAGAUAACCGCAUUGACCUCGCAAAAGGCGCCGUUGAGCACUUUAUAUUCGAGAUCAAGCACUACCAUAAGAUUUUGAACGGAAAUCGCUCCUACUAUCUCACACGCUCUCAGCCGCCCUUCCUUACCGACUUUGCGCUGCGUGUGUAUGCCAAGAUGAAUGAGAACUUGCACAAUACUGCGCCCACGUCGGACGACUUUACACCGGCGAUUGCUGAGGCGGAAGAGAAAAACAAGGCAUGGCUCCGUCGCGCCAUCCAGGCGGCUAUCAAAGAGUACCAUACCGUGUGGAUGCGACAGCCCCGCUAUGAUCCCGGAACGGGGCUAUCCCGCUACCAUCCUGAAGGGCUCGGCGUUCCGCCCGAAACCGAGUCGUCUCAUUUCACGUCCGUAUUGCGCCCCUAUGCUGAGAAGUAUGGAUGCAGUAUCAACGAGUUUACUCGCAAGUACAAUUAUUCCAAGAUCCACGAGCCUGAACUUGAUCAAUACUUUUGCCAUGACCGAGCCGUGCGUGAAAGUGGCCACGAUACAUCCUAUCGCCUCGAAAACCGAUGUGCAAACCUAGUCACAAUUGACUUAAACGCGCUGCUGUACAAGUACGAGAUGGAUAUUGCAAACACAAUUCGCGACGUGUUUGACGACCAUCUCGAACUGGUGGAUGACUUUAGCUUGUAUGGCCCUUUGCCAAACGAACCCAACACUUUGCCGCCAAAUUCGCGUUCUACCCCACAGCACAGUGCGGAAUGGUUUGUGCGCGCUGCGUUCCGCAAGCAGCAAGUGGACAAGUACUUGUGGAAUUAUGGCCAGGGCCUCUACUUUGACUACGACAUUGCGCUCCAGGAGCAAGGCUUAUACGAAAGUGUCACUUCAUUCUGGGCCUUGUGGGCGGGUCUGGCAACACAGGAACAGGCAGAUCGCAUGGUGAAAAAAUCUAUUCACAAGUUUGAAAUGACCGGUGGACUUGUGCCCGGCACAGAGGAGUCGCGCGGGCCCAUCUCGCUUUCGCGACCGAACCGCCAAUGGGACUACCCGUUUGCCUGGCCGCCGCAUCAAAUGCUGGCAUGGGAGGGGCUGAAAAAGUACAACCACAUGGACGUUGCUCAGCGUCUCGCAUACCGGUGGCUGUACCUACUGGUGUCUGCAUUUGUCGACUUCAACGGUGUCGUUCCUGAGAAGUUUGACGCGGUGAAUUUAUCGCAUCUUGUUAAUGCCGAGUAUGGAAAUCAAGGCACGGAGUUUACGUAUGUUCCGCGCGAAGGAUUUGGAUGGAUGAAUGCCAGUUUCCAAGUGGGCUUGACAUACUUGGACAGCCAUAUGCGGAAAGCGGUAGCUGCGAUGCAGCGCCCCGACGACUUUUUCCGUGUGAGCCAAGCGGGACUGCAUGAUCGUGUAUCGAACUGGCGCAACUGGGGUGCACACCGCCGAGCCGCACGCACACCGUAG